AGGUAAGAAAAAGGCAGCAGCAUUGUUUGACAGCCAGGCCCCUAUUUGCCCCAUCUGCCAGGUCCUGCUGCGGCCCAGCGAGCUGCAGGAACAUAUGGAGCAAGAACUGGAACAGCUGGCCCAGCUGCCCUCCAGCAAGAAUUCCCUUCUCAAGGAUGCCAUGGCUCCAGGCACCCCGAAGUCCCUCUUGUUGUCUGCGUCCAUCAAGAGGGAAGGAGAGUCUCCAACAGCAUCGCCACACUCGUCUGCCACCGACGACCUGCACCACUCGGACAGAUACCAGACCUUCCUGCGAGUGCGAGCCAACCGGCAGACCCGACUGAAUGCUCGGAUUGGGAAAAUGAAACGGAGGAAGCAGGAUGAAGGGCAGGUAUGUCCCCUGUGCAGCCGCCCCCUGGCAGGAUCGGAGCAGGAGCUGAGUAGGCACGUGGAGCGUUGCCUUUCUAAGAGGGAAGGCUCCUGCAUGGCGGAGGAGGAUGCCGUGGACAUCGAGCAUGAGAACAGCAACCGCUUUGAGGAGUAUGAGUGGUGCGGGCAGAAGCGGAUACGGGCCACCACUCUCCUGGAAGGUGGUUUCCGAGGCUCUGGCUUCGUCAUGUGCAGCGGCAAAGAGAAUCCGGACAGCGACGCUGACUUGGAUGUGGAUGGGGACGACACUCUGGAGUACGGGAAGCCACAAUACACGGAGGCCGACGUCAUCCCCUGCACAGGCGAGGAGCCUGGCGAAGCCAAGGAGAGAGAGGCACUCCGGGGUGCAGUCCUAAAUGGCGGCCCUCCCAGCACACGCAUCACGCCUGAGUUCUCUAAGUGGGCCAGUGACGAGAUGCCAUCUACCAGCAACGGUGAGAGCAGCAAGCAGGAGGCCAUGCAGAAGACCUGCAAGAACAGCGACAUCGAGAAAAUCACCGAAGAUUCAGCUGUGACCACAUUUGAGGCCCUGAAGGCUCGGGUCAGGGAACUUGAACGGCAGCUAUCCCGUGGGGACCGUUACAAAUGCCUCAUCUGCAUGGACUCCUAUUCGAUGCCCCUAACGUCCAUCCAGUGUUGGCACGUGCACUGUGAGGAGUGCUGGCUGCGGACCCUGGGUGCCAAGAAGCUCUGCCCUCAGUGCAACACCAUCACAGCGCCUGGAGACCUGCGGAGAAUCUACUUGUGAGCUGGCCACCCAGGCAGGCCCUGCCUCCAGCGCCCCGCCUGCCCCGCCUGUGACGUGACCCCCCCUUGUACAUACGCGCACACAGGUUCCCCGUGUACAUACAUGCACGCACACACAUGCACACACACAGGACUCUGGAGCCAGAGUGGAGGCUGAGGCCCAGGCCCUGCCUGCUGGCUCCCACCAAGAUUGGGAACCAUACCUGUUCCAGGUUCUGUUCCCAGGGAGGAGCAGGGAGGCGGGGGCGGAGGGAGCAGCCGGGCAAGGCUCCUGAGAUCCAGCCCCCAGACGGACAGACGGACAGACAGACAUGCAAACACCAGACUGAAGCACAUGUAAUAUAGACCGUGUAUGUUUACAAUGUUGUGUAUAAAUGGGACGACUCCUCGCCCUCUACCCCGUCCCCUCCCCUUUGGUUGUAUGAUUUUCUUCUUUUGUUAAGAUCACCUGGGAGCGGUGCCUCCUUCAGGGCUGGCUGGGGGCUCGGCCCAUCCACCUCUUGAGGCGCCUGCCCCCCCUUCCCCCCUCCCGUGGUGUCCCCUCCCUCUCCCAUGUGCUCGGUGUUCAGUGGUGUAUAUUUCUUCUCCCAGACGUGGGGCACGUGCCCCAAGGGACAUGAUCCUCUCCUUAGUCUUAGCUCCUGGGGCUCUUUGUAAGGAGUUGGGGGAGGGGGGAGGCACAGGAGGGGGAGCCGAGCUGAAGCGGGGGCUGAGACUGGGACUGGAUGAGGUGCUCCUGGCUGCCCAGCCCUCUGCCGCCGAGAACCUUUCCUGGGGUUAGAGCUGCUGUUCCCAGGGCAAGGUGUGGUUUCCCCUGCCCUUCUCGUGGGCCCCAUGGUGUGAUGCUGUGUCUGUAUAUUCUAUACAAAGGUACUUGUCCUUUCCCUUUGUAAACUACAUUUGACAUGGAUUAAACCAGUAUAAACA